CAAAAGCUUUCAGAAGUCACUGGAACUUUCAUGAGAAGCUCAAGCAAUAGAGAAAAUUUGCUAGGAAUAGGAGAAUAUGAUGAAUCUCCUGAUGCUUCUGCUGUUUACCUUGCUGCUGACAGUCCCCUGCUGUUGUGAAGGAGAGAUGAACAAAGCUGUGGAUGAAGGUAUUAAAAUCAGUCAGGAAAAAGCAAAUACCUUUGUCAGAAGGCAGAAGAGGGCUUACCCAUAUUCUGAAAGGUACUAUGAAAUGUUCAAAUCCCCAAUGGAGAUGAAGCAAGAGCAGUGUGAACAUUAUGCACCCUGUGACUACUACUCUGAAAUAGUGGGAUUUCCUACAGCAUAUCGCCAUUACUUUGGAAGUGUCUGAAUGUAGACAUUUCUCAUCAAACUGGGACAUCUGCAAGGACAAAGAGUGAAUGGUGUGAGGCAGCUUACGGAAAACAGGAACAGCAUAUUGUCUCUAUUUCACUAACAAGAGUUUAACAGCAAUAGUUUUGCAACAUAUUCAUUUUUUAAGACACAAAAUAAGCACUUCCUCUUUUCUGAGGAGUAUGUAAGUAGUAUUUCUGCUAGUAAUAAAUUCUAUAAAUUCGAGCAUUUCUUGAAACAUGAGUGGCAUUUCUUGGAAAGGGAAGGCAAAAAUAUAUUAAGGUAAUUGGAAGUUGAGGGCCACGUCUGGUGGCACCCUAAUGGUAAAAUUUGUAAUUGUAUCUAGAUGUGCUGUGCUAAAUGUUCUCACGUUUCAAACUUUGAUGUGAAAAAAGGAAUUUCUAUGGGGGUGGGGGGUGUUGUUGACAACGUUUUUUUCUUAUACCAAUUCAUACUAGACAAAUAUAUACUUAUGUUUUUGUCCUGGUUACAGAAGCAUUUGUAAUAAAUAAAUAAAAAACAAAUAAAACUUUUCAUGUUACACAAUGCAAGCAUUUCAAAGAAACAUAUUCUUCAGCUAUGCUGAGGACACAAUCCUUAACUGUAGUAGGAUGAAGCCUUAUAAUGAGAUGUUUGACUAGGAACUGAACCCACUAUAUAAGGAUAUAGUGAUGCAAAAAUAAAGGCUUGUUUUUGGUU